AUGGCGGAGGCAUUUCUUCAACUCGUUCUUGACAAUCUGAGCUCUCUUAUCAACGAGGAGAUCGGACUGAUCUUGGGCGUCAAUGAUGAGAUGAAGAAGCUAUGCAGCACUCUCACCACCAUCCAAGCUGUGUUGGAGGAUGCCGAAGACAAGCAAAUCGAGAGCAAGCCAAUUCGAAACUGGCUGCAGAAGCUGACAGUCCUUGCUUAUGAGAUUGAUGACAUUUUGGAUGAGUGCAACACUCAUGUCUCCAAACUCAACCACUCUCAUUCCAAACUCAGCCGCUAUAGCCUCAAGAAAUUAUUGUAUCGCCACAACAUCGCAAGGAGGAUGAAGCAGGUCAACGAGAAAGUGGAGGUUGUUGCUGCGGAGCGUGCUAAGUUUCAUCUGCGUGAGUUCUCUCUUGAUAGGCCAAGAGAAGUUGCUCUUGCCUCACCCGAGACGGCUUCCCUGUUGGACGAGCCCGGAAAGAUUCAAGGCAGAGAAGAAGAUAAAGACAAAAUUGUGAAGAUUUUGGUGAAUGAUGUGAAGGAGAAACAUGAGAUGUCCGUGCUGCCAAUCAUCGGCGUUGGCGGCCUUGGGAAGACCACUCUCGCUCGACUAGUAUUCAACGAUCCCCUAGUGAAAGAGCACUUUGAAGUGAGGAUUUGGGUUUGUGUUUCUGAUAACUUUGAAAUGAAGACUUUGGUGAAGGCCAUGAUUGAAUCUACCACUAGAGGGAGUGGAGAAGUUUCACAUCUGCAGCACUUGGAUGCUGCAGAGCGUCACCUCUGUGAGUUGCUGAGCAAAAAAAGAUAUUUGAUCGUUAUGGAUGACGUUAGGAACGAGUACCAAGAUAAAUGGUUUGAGUUGAGGGACGUUCUAUCAUGUGGCUCAAGUGGCUCAUCUGUCGUCGUCACCACACGCCAGAGGAAUGUUGCUGAUAUAAUGACUACACUGCCAUGUCAUUGGCUUGAGGGGUUGUCGGAUGAGCAUUGUUGGGCGCUGAUGAGGCAACGUGCCUUCGGAGCAGGUGAAGAGGUGUCUCCACAGCUCAAAUUAAUUGGGAAACAGAUCGUGAAUAAAUGUGCUUGAGUGCCCCUGGCUGCGACAACGCUUGGAGGAAUCCUACGGUUUAAAAGGAGAGAAGAGGAAUGGUUACAUGUGAGAGACAGUGAUAUAUGGAAGCUGUCGGCUGAAGAGAGUGUGAUAAUACCUGCUUUGAG